GUGUUUGUUAUUUCGCCGAUUAGAAACAGCAGCAGGCGGGGCUCACACUUUUAUCAUCUCUGAAACCCUUUUGAGCCGUUUUGUCAUAAAAAGCCGUCCAGCUGGUGAGAUGUCGGAGGCCUUGCUGCAGUGGUGCGUGGACCAGUUACACCACAAGUUCGGCCUGGAGGCGUGCGAGGACAUCGUCCAGUACAUUCUGUCCAUCGAAAAAGCUGAAGAGAUUGAAGAGUAUGUAGGUGACCUCCUGCAGGGCACAGAUGGAAGAAAGGGGCAGUUCAUAAAUGAUCUCCUUGGCAGAUGGAGAAAGAUUCAAAGACAGAGCACAGAUGCAACCAGUUUUCCACUCAUGAUAGAAUCAUCAUCAUCACCAGACGUACAAGACACAACCAAAGAUACUCAGAAAAAGUCGAAACGCAAAGGACGGAACAAGCAGGAGGUGAUGACUGUGAGUUCAAAAGAGCCUGAACCUGAACAGGUCAAAACUCCCAUCGAUCUGAUGAGGGUCCAGGAAAACAAUAGCACAUCCUCAACACAGAAGAAAUCAAAGUUCAUUAAUCUCUUUGCUCAAGAGGGCCAGGACAGGCUGGCUGUUUUACUCCCAGGUCGACAUCCAUGUGAAUGCCUUGCCCAAAAGCACAAACUUAUCAGCAACUGCAUCAGCUGUGGCCGGAUUGUGUGCGAGCAGGAGGGUUCAGGGCCCUGUCUCUUCUGUGGAAGCCUGGUUUGCACUAGAGAGGAGCAGGAGAUUUUGCAGCGAGAUUCCAACAAAAGCCAAAAACUCAGGAAGAAGCUUAUGGGAGAGCACGGAGAAAAAGAGCUUCUCCCACACCAGGAGGCCAAGAUCAAGGCCGGGUUGGAGAAAGCAGUCCAGCACAAAGACAAACUGCUGGAAUAUGACAGGAACAGCGUGAGGAGAACGCAGGUUCUGGAUGACGAGUCAGAUUACUUUGCUACUGAGUCCAACCAGUGGCUGUCCCCUGGUGAGAGAGAGAAGCUGAGGAAAAAGGAGGACGAGCUGAGAGAACUUCGCCAUGCUUCACGUCUGGACAGGAAGAUCACUCUGGACUUCGCAGGCAGACAAGUGAUUGAUGAAGGAAGCAAUCUGGACGCGUAUUACAACAAGUUGGAUGAGACCCUCAAAGCCAUGAACAGUGAGUCAACUUCACAAUCGCCUGGAUUUUCUGGAAGAAAAGGUGGAAAACAGGACCUCAGAGAUCUGGUGAACCCAAACAUCAUGCAGUCUGCACCAGAGUGGGUGGAUGCUGGAGGCAGUGAGAAGCACAGAAGACCCGAGGGGCAGGAAAAACGUCCGUCAGAGAACAAGGGAGGAGAGGAACGUCACAAGUUGCGGCUCCAAGACAAAGAGUUGCAGGAGAUGUCUGAUGGAGGCUGGUGCCUCAGCAUGCAUCAGCCAUGGGCUUCGCUGCUGGUCAGAGGCAUCAAGAGGGUAGAAGGACGGACCUGGUACACGUCACACCGGGGUCGACUCUGGAUUGCAGCAGCCGCCAAGAAUCCCACGCCUCAGGAGAUCGCCGAGGUGGAAUCCAUGUACCGGAAGAUCUACCGGAGAGAGCCCAGAUUCCCUAAAGCCUAUCCCUCUGGCUGCCUGCUGGGUUGCAUCAACGUGACUGACUGUCUGUCUCAGGAGCAGUUCGGAGAACAGUUCCCUGAUACCUGUGAGGAAUCUGCUUCUCCAUUCGUCUUCAUCUGCACCAACCCCCAGGAGCUGCUGGUGAAAUUCCCCAUGAAAGGGAAGCAUAAGAUCUGGAAGCUGGAGAGUCAGUACCACCAGGGUGCCAAGAAGGGGCUGGUCCCAUCAGCUGCAGAGUGACGCUGGAGGAAAAGCUCAAGACGAACACGGCAAAUUAUCUUUUCCAAGAAACGGGUCUCAAUCAGCAAUGGUUUGGAUUAUCAAUGUUGGCCCGCUCUUUGGUUUUAUUCACUUACAUUUCCAAUUUGCAUAAGAGGUGUUGAUUUAAAGUACCGCAAUUUAAUAGCAGCAUAAUUUUUUUUUCACAUGAAGAGAGAGAUACUUGAUUUGUCAAAACGAAAAUAAAU